AUGACACGAGAUCAUAUUUCUAUCAUUUGUCUACUGUUUUUCUUUAGUUCUUUCUUUCUUUCUUCCUUUCACUCAUUUUUCUUCUUUCUUUUGUUCUUUUGUUCUUUUCUUUUUUAUUUCGUUAUUUUCAAUUUCUUCUUUCUUUCGUUCAUUCUUUCUUUAUUUUUUAUUUUUGUUUCAUUCUUUCUUAUUUUUCGUCCGUUCUUUCUUUUUUUCUUUUCUUUCGUUCUUUUUUUUUUUUUUAUUUUUCUUUUUUCUUUCUUUCUUUUUUUCUUUUUUCUUUCUUUCUUUUUUUUUUUUCUUCCUUUUGUUUGUUUGUUUCUUUUUUUUUUCUUUCUUUCUUUCUUUUUUUUUUCUUUCUUUCUUUCUUUCUUUUCGUUGUGCCGUUGCAUAUCGCAAUCAUUUUCAUUCAUUUACCUUCAAAAUUUUUAUCCUUCUCUCUUAUUUUCUCUUUCUCUCUUUCUCACUCUCUCAUUCUCUCUCUAUCUCACGUGUUUAAAAAGCAGUACAAUUUCGCUGUCUCUCUCUCUCCCUCUCUUUGUCUGGUUGAAUUCAGUUUCGCUUUCUCUCACUCUCUUCGUCCGGUUGAAGUACAAUUUUCUCUCUCUCUCUCUCUCUCUCUCCCUCUCUUUGUCUGUUUCGCUCUCUCUUCGUCUGGUUGAAGUACAAUUUAUAUAUCUCUCUCUCUCUCUCUUUCUUUCUCUCUCUCUCUCUUUGUCCAUACAAAGAACAAUUCUCACUCUUUCAAAAUCUUUAUUCUCUCUCUCUCUCUCUUUCUUUAUCCAGUUGAAGUACGGUUUCUCUCUCUCUCUCUCUAUUUGUCUGGUUGAAGUACAAUUUCACUCUCUUUAUCUUUUCGUUUCGUCACUAUUAUCUUUCCUUUCACAUCUCAUUUAUUUCAUUGAUUUCUCAUUCAAAAUAUUUUUCUCUUCCUUUCUUCAUUCUCUAUCACUGCCUUUUGUCCGAUUGAAAAACGCAUUCGCUUCCUCUCUAUUCCCUGCUUCCAUAUCUCAUUACUUUUCAUUCACUUAUCUUUCCAAAUCUCUCUUUCUCUCUCUUUCUUUCUAUCUUUCUCCUUCUCUUUCUCUCAUGUCCGGUUGA